GUACCACAAUGUUUACAUAUCGUAUAAACGUGAAUAGCCGUCAUAAUGUAGUAUGUGCGAACAUGUUCAGGCUUAAAAAUCUGCAAAGUUUAAGUGAAGGUUUGCAUUCAUUAUUUCGUUUAACAUUUAUAUGAUUUAGAACGUAUAUCAUGUGUUAGCUCAGAAGAGUAAAUAAUCUACUCAUUUAAGGAGAUCUUUUUCGUUAAUAUGUAGUUCAUCUUAAAUCGAGUCGAACGAAAAAAAAUAUUGUGAUUUAAAUACUAAUGAAACAGUUGUAGAACAAAGGUGAUAAAGAAAAAGCUUAUUUGGAUACUUUCGAUAUCAUAAUUUAUACUUGACUGUGACGUCAGCUUAAAGUUUAAACGUAGCCAUACGUCGAACUGAAACCAUGUCAACGGAGAACGGAACGAUUGGUAGCCAGGGAGAAGUUAACGGUGAUGUCAUGCUUACCCACUUCCGGAAGAAGGACGAUGAUGACGCGAACGGUGAAGUUGAAACUGAAGAGACGCAAGUUUACAUCGAGAACUAUAAAGACAAACUGCUAAUAUACGGCAUUAACGACUCUCCACCUAUACACGUUACCAUCAUAUGCGCACUCCAGCAAGGCUUGUUGUCACUUUCCGGUCAACUCAUCGUGUCCCUUCUCGUGGCUGAAGCGGUGUGUGCUUCGAAAAAUGACGCGUUUAAAGCACGCCUCCUGAGCUCAACACUGUUUAUGAGCGGAAUCACCACGUUCUGUAUGAACAUCUUUGGCAUCAGACUGCCGUUGUUUCAAGGUGCGGCGUCUGAGUACGUAAUCCCACUGUUAUUAAUGGCGGACACGGACCAAACGUUCUGUACCAGCGAACCAUCUAAAGAAGAAGGCGGUCAAUCACCCGUUCCAGCAACGACCACUAUGUCUCCUAACUUUACGAAUUCCAGUUUAGGAAAUUACACCAACAACGACGAGAUCACCAUGGACAGAAUCAUCUACAAUGUCCAAAUGAUCCAGGGUAGUUUGGUAUUAGCAGGCUUCGUCCAUGCAUUGCUGGGCUUUACCGGGCUUAUCGGAGUAAUGCUGCGUUUUGUGGGACCACUUACGAUUGUGCCCACCUUAACACUGAUAUUCAUCUUUAUUGUUGGACCCGUUAUCAAAUUCGUCGAAGUGAACUGGGGAAUCGCCUUUUCAACAAUUGCAGUAGCCGUGAUCCUGUUUCUGUACCUUGCCAAAUACAACAUGCCCGUUCCCGUUUGGACGCCUUCCUUGGGUUUCCGGAUAAUUCGGUACCCUUUGCAUCAAGUUUUCGCUAUUCUGAUAUCAAUCGUGCUAAACUGGUUGCUGUGUGGUGUCCUCACGUACGCUGGCCUUUUGACGGACGAUAAGAAGAAUAUUGGGUACAACGCACGUACAGACGCACGGAUCCAGAUCGUUAGAGACAACCCAUGGCUUACUUUUCCGUAUCCGGGACAGUUCGGACCAUUUGGUUUCAGCGGAGCAGCAUUUAUAUCAUGCAUGAUAGCCACUCUGAUAUCAGUCCUCGAUUCGAUUGGUGAUUACUACGCAUGCGCAAGAGUGUGUCGCGUGCCAGCGCCACCCAAGCACGCGGUGAAUCGCGGAAUAAUGAUAGAAGGAUUGUGCAGUAUGUUGUCCGGGGCGGUUGGUUGUGGGCACGCUACGUCCACCUACGGUGGGAACAUCGGUGCGAUAGGUGUCACAAAGGUAGCCAGUCGUCACGUAUUCAUAGCAACGGGUGUGAUCUACAUUUUGUUCGGAAUAUUUGGCAAGUUUUCUGCCCUCUUCAUCAGCAUACCCUACCCUGUUCUUGGUGGUGCAAUAGUUGUCAUGUUUGGUAUCUUCUUCGGGGUCGUUAUCUCAAACUUAGAGGUGACGAACAUGUCUUCGCCUCGAAACAUCGCCAUAUUCGGGCUUUCCAUUUUCAUUGGUCUAGCGGUACCCACGUGGGCAAAGAAGCACAAAUCUCCCGUGCAAACAGGUCAUGCGAUGUUUGAUAAGAUCAUGUCCAUGUUGGUCGGAAAUCCAAACCUUGUUGGAACAAUCAUAGCUUGUUUUCUUGACAAUACAGUCCCAGGUACAGCUGAGGAGCGCGGUAUCGCAGCUUGGCAGGUAAGCGAAGAAGAUGAGAGGGCCGAUGUGGAUCGGACCGAGUUUAACGAAGGCUACGAGGUCUAUGAUCCGCUAAUUCCACGGUCCAUUAUGUACUCCAAGCUGAUGAAAUAUAUACCAUUCUUGCCGUAUAAAAGGGGAAACGUAGAGAAGGAACUAGGGAACGUGAAGACAUCCUAGAACAAUACCAUAAAUAGUGAAAUUGAACAUGGAUAUUAUAAAAUAUUGUUGUUGAUAUAUCUUGUUAUUGUAUAUUUCUCGAUGAUAACAUAUUUAUAUGGAAAUAAAUACAUA